AUGCUUGUGCCAUACAAACACCAUCCCCGAAAUCUUGUGGAUUUCACAGCCCGCGCUCGAGAAGCACCUGGAAAUACGCAGCAAACAUACAGUGUAUGUCAAUCGGACUGUCUCCCAGAAUCGGACCCACCCACUGACAUUCCUCCUGUAGCUAAGAUCGAUAAACUCUCUAUCCUGGGAGUUCGUUCCUUUGACAACGGACGCAGCGAGACCAUCCAGUUUUUCGCACCUCUCACAUUGAUCGUAGGCCACAAUGGUUCUGGAAAGACUACCAUCAUCGAGUGUCUCAAGUAUGCCACAACUGGAGACCAGCCUCCAAACAGCAAGGGUGGUGCCUUCAUCCAUGAUCCCAAGCUAUGUGGUGAGAAAGAGGUCCUUGCCCAAGUCAAAAUGUCGUUCCUGGCCACCACUGGAGCCAAAAUGGUGUCAACUCGCAGCCUGCAGCUCACCGUCAAGAAGGCCACACGUUCAGUCAAAUCGCUUGAAGGCCAGCUGCUCAUGAUCAAAGAUGGCGAGCGCACAUCCAUCUCAUCUCGUGUCGCCGAGCUUGACCAGCUCAUGCCCCAGUACCUCGGUGUAAGCAAGGCUGUCCUGGACUCCGUUAUCUUCUGCCACCAAGAUGAGAGUCUGUGGCCGCUCAGUGAGCCUGGCAAACUGAAAGACCGCUUUGACGCGAUCUUCGAAGCUAUGAAGUACACCAAAGCCAUUGACAACAUCAAGAUCAUGAAGAAGAAGCAGACCGAGGAGCUUGCAAAGUACAAAAUCAUCGAGCAACACGCCAAAGAAGACAAGGACAAGGGCGAGAAGGCCCAGAAGCGGUCCGAAGAGCUUUUCGAGGAGAUUGAGACGAUGCGAACCAAAUGCGAAGACAUGGGCACCAAGAUUACCGAGGCUAAGCAAAAGUACAAUGCAGCCUGGGAGAAGAUCAAGUUCCUUGGUGGUAUCGUCGGUCAACUUACCGGCAAACGCAUUGAGCAACGUGCUAAGCAAGAGAGCGUUCAAAAGCUGAAACGCAACCUCCGCGAGAUGACCGACUCGGAUCGAGAACUCCAGGUCCUUCUCAAAAAGUAUGAGGAGCGUGUUCAACAGCUGCACGACCAGGCCAAUGAGGAAAAGCGUCGGUAUCAACAACUUAGUCGGGAACUGAUGGGUAAUCGUGAAAAGCUCAGCAUGAAGGAACGUCAAGUCGGCUCAUUGGAAUCUGACCAACAAAACCACGAUCGCCAACUCGAACACAGAGCACAACUGGUCAAGCAGACUGCUCGCCAGCACAGCCUUCGUGGCUACGACCUCGAGGUUGAUGACGAAAAGGCCCGUGAAUUUGUUGAUCGCAUCAGUCGUAUGGCAAAGGAGCAGAACGCCACAUUUGAACGAACCAGACGCGAGACACAACAAGAGCUGCAACGCGCUCAGAGUGUCCUGAACCGUAUCAGUGAGCAAAAGUCUACACUCAACCAGAAGAAAGAGAACGCCAAAGCCACUCAUGCGGCGAACCAGCGUCGCAUUGGUGGUUUCCAGACCGAUCUGAACAAAAUCGAGGUCGAUGAAGGGUCCAAAACCAUGCUUGAGUCCUCGGUCGAAGACACUGAAAGCAAAUUACAAGCAGCCAAAUCUGAUUUCGAGACAAAGAACUGGGACAAGCAAAUCGACAAGACUGAAGCCGUUUUGCGCUGUCUGGAUGAUCAAAAGGAGAAGCUGGACUUGGAGCUUGGUCAUUCCACCAAGCAGGCAGGAGACUCAGCGCGUCUAGAGUUCCUGCGAAAAGAAAUCACGGAUCGCCAGAACAGUCUCGAUAUCAUGAUCAAAACUCAUGGAUCCAAGAUUGACAGCAUUGUUGGUGGCGGGUGGCAGGCUACGUCGCUCGACAACGAUUUCCAGAGUGCUCUCAGCAGCAGUAACAACUCGGUGGCAGAAGCUGAGCGUCAGCGUGAUGGUCAAGCCCGUGAGCUCGAGCAACUCGAAUAUCGUCUCAAGCAGACGAAGACCGAUCUUGUUGCACGCAGACGAGAACUGGACGCCAGCCACAAGACCAUCCAGAACGUCAUUGAAACGGAUCCUUCCGAAUACCAAAGAAUUCUCGAAGAAACCGAAGCAGAGCGCGAUGAUCGCAAGAGUUCAAGCGAGUAUGCCGGCCAUCUCAAGAAGUACUAUGAAAGUGCGACGAGAGCUGCUCGAGAGAACAAAUGUUGUCUCAUGUGCCGUCGUGGCUACGAAAAGGAUCGCGCAGGGCUUGAGAAGCUGGUCAACCUUCUCGGUAUGGAGAUCAACAAAGCCGAGGCUGGCCGCGCAAUCGAAGAGCUUCGAGACACCGAAAACUACCUGCAAGAGGUCCGCGCGAUCAGCUCGACUUAUGACAACUGGGAACGUCUCAAGAGCAAGGACAUUCCUAACCUCGAACAGGAAGAGGACCGCUUGAAGACCCGUGUAUCUUCUCUCACAGGCGACGUCGAAGAAGAAGAUCGAGUUGUCAGCGAGCGCAAAGCAGCUAAGCAGGAAGUCGAGAGCCUGUCCAAAACCGUUCAAAACAUUGUCAAGUACGCCCAAGAAGUCGUCAACUUCGAGACGCAGAUUGAAGAGUUGGCUACCAAGCAAAAGAGCCAAGGUCUUGCUCGAAGCAUUGAGACGAUUUCAGACGAUAUCAAGUCAAUCAACGAACAGUCUCGUGGAUCCAAGGUCUCAUUGACAAAAAUUGUUGGCGAGCGCGACGGUGCUCGUAGCACAAUCAACACGCUUGAGCUCGAGCUUCGCGAUGUCAGGGCCAAGCUCAGUAUUGCCAUUCAUCAUCUCAAGGAGAAGACUUCUCUCGAGAAGCAGGUUCAUGAGCUCAAGGUGCAGAACGACGAGCUCAUCAAUUCUCAGCGGUCGUUUGAGCGUGAGCUUGCUGACCUUGUGCCGGAGAUGUCACAAGCCCGAUCAAAGUACGAUGACAUCUCUCGUCGUGGGACAGAGAAAGACAAGCAGCUUCGUGAAGAAACAGCCGCUUUGAAUGACAGUAUGAACAGGCUGCAAAUGGCUGAGCGAGAGAUCAGCGGCUACAUCCAGCGAGAUGGCCCCGCUCAGCUGGAACAAGCCAAGAGUGACAUUGAGGUCAUAAAGCACGACAUCGAAUGUCUGGAAAAGGAUAUGCAGACCAUUACUAAACAGGUCAAGGAAUUCGAGAACAAUCUUCAGAACGUCGAGGAGACGAAGCGCCAGAUUGCAGACAACCAAGAGUACCGUCGUGAUCUUGCUGCCGUGGACGCCAUAGGUGCCGAGAUAAGGGAGCUUGAGACACACAACGCCGAAGAGGAGAAGGCUACUCACGAGCGCGAAGGUAAUCGCUGGGAGAUGACGCGCAACAAGCUCACAGCUGAGCAAGCCUCGAUCAUGGGUCAGCUCAAAAGCAAAGACGACCAGCUGCAACAGCUUAUGCGGGACUGGGAACAAGACUACAAGGACGCAGCCUACAAGUACAAGGAAGCACACGUCAAGGUCGAGACGACAAAGGCGGCCGUCGAAGAUCUUGGCCGGUAUGGUGGUGCGCUCGACAAGGCAAUCAUGAGAUACCACGCUCUGAAGAUGGAGGAGAUUAACCGCAUUAUCGAGGAGCUUUGGAAGAAGACUUAUCGCGGCACCGACGUCGACUCGAUCCUGAUUCGCUCCGACAACGACAACGUGAAGGGCAACAAGAACUACAACUACCGGGUGGUCAUGUGCAAACAAGAUGCAGAGAUGGACAUGCGCGGUCGUUGCUCGGCAGGUCAGAAGGUGCUUGCAUCCAUCAUCAUUCGCCUGGCUCUGGCAGAGUGUUUCGGAGUCAACUGUGGUCUUAUCGCUCUGGACGAACCUACGACCAAUCUUGACCGUGACAACAUCCGCUCGCUGGCAGAGUCCCUGUCGGAGAUUAUUCGCAUCAGAAGACAACAGUCGAACUUCCAGCUAAUCGUCAUCACGCACGACGAAGAGUUCUUGAGAUACAUGAACUGUGCCGACUACACAGACUACUACUAUCGCGUCAGCCGCAACGACAGGCAGAAGAGUAUCAUCGUGCGUCAGAACAUCGCAGAUGUUCUGUAA